AUGACAGGCAGCGAGGUUGAUGCCAGCCCUGUGGUUGGCAGGGCAGAUGAAGAGUCGGGACAGAUCGACUCAAGCACUGAACGCACUCCGCUGCUGCGACCCACGCGCCGAGAUGGCGACGCGCAAGUCCCCCACGCCAACGGCUCCAGUCUUCCGAGCAGCCGGGAGGAAGAGCAGACAAUCAUCGUCAAAGAAGAGUCCUUUGGCAAGCUCGCUGUCAUCAUGGGCACCACCUGGGUGGGCGUGUUUCUCGGCGCCAUCGACUCAACCAUCAUUGCUACCUUGUCGGCCCCGAUUGCGAGUGAAUUCAAGUCCCUCAGCUUGAUGUCAUGGCUUGCCACGGCCUAUCUCAUCUCCAAUGCCGCGUGCCAGCCCAUCUCGGGUCGCCUCACCGACAUCUUUGGUCGUGGUCCCGGCCUGGUCUUGAGCAACGUCUUCUUUGCUGCUGGCAACUUGAUCUGCGGCCUGGCUAGGGACGAAAAGACCAUGAUUCUGGGUCGAGUCGUUGCCGGCAUGGGCGGCGGCGGCCUGAUGAGCAUAUCAACCUUUCUGGGGUCCGAUCUGAUCCCGCUCCGGAACAGAGGCCUCGUCCAAGGCCUCGGCAACGUCUUCUACGGCUCCGGCGCCAUGCUGGGGGGUGUCUUUGGCGGCCUGAUCAACGACCACACGAGACUGGGUUGGCGCCUCGCCUUUCUGAUGCAGGUGCCUCCGGUUUUGCUGUCGGCCGUGGCGGCCUAUUUCCUCGUCAAGGUGCCUCCCAAGCAGUCUGACAAGUCAUACCUGGCGCGCAUCGAUUUUCCCGGCGUCUUCUUGACCUCGUCGUUCCUCAUAUUGCUGCUCCUUGGACUCAAUUCCGGCGGCAACCAGGUUCCCUGGACACAUCCUCUGCCUCUCGUCACGAUUCCCCUGUCCGUGAUGCUGUUUGCCGCUUUCUUGUGGUGGGAGAGCCGUGCCCAACAGCCCAUCAUCCCCGUCCGGCUUCUCGCCUCCCGCACCGUGCUGGCGGCGUGCUUCACCAAUCUUCUUGGCACCAUGGUCGUUCUCACCGUCGUCUUCUACGUGCCCCUGUACUUACAAGUCCUUGGCGAGACCGCCACGAAUGCCGGCCUCAGAAUUCUACCGUUCCCCAUCGGUGGGGCGCUUCUGCCCGUCGCGGCAGGGUACGCGAUGAAGCGAACUGGUCGAUUUGUAGCCCUCGGCAUCGCCAGCAUGACUGUGCUCAUUGCCGGCAUCGUCUUCCUGACGUUGAUGGGUCGGGAGUCCUCCGUCUGGCUCACCACUGCGUCUUUCUUCUGCGUAGGCGGUGGUUACGGCUCCAUGCUGACCAUCACGCUGCUUGCGUGCAUCGCCGCCGUCGACCACUCGCAACAGGCUGUUGUCACAUCUGCCACUUACCUAGCUAGAAGUCUCGGCGGUACCAUCGGCAUCACCGUAGGUUCGGCCGUAUAUCAAAACGUGCUCAAGGCUCGCUUGUGGGACCACUUUGGCGACCUGCCCAACGCUGCGGAGGAGAUUGGACGCAUCAGAGAUGACUUGAGCGAGCUUCUUCACCUGCCUGAUGGCUGGUAUGACGGCGUCAUUGAGUCCUUCAUGGACGCCUUUAGAGGGGUUUGGUUGACCACGCUGGGCUUGUCCAUUGCAGGCCUGAUAUGCGUCUCCCUGAUGAGACAUUACACCCUCCACGCGACAUUGGAUAGGCGUUCAUGA